CACUGUUCAUUUUCUUGAUUUAAGGAUCACUUGUACAUGGAACCUAAAUUAUUUGCCAACAGGUCUGAUGAUGUUUUUGAGGACAAACAUUUCUGUAAUCAAUCAGAAAAUGUAUCUGGUAGGAGUGCACUCACCACCAGCACAUACUUGUUAUGUAUUUUUAUUGGCUCUUUAUCAGUUCUUAUAAUGUGUGGAAACCUUCUUUUAAUAACCUCCAUCAUUUACUUCAAACAGCUCCACACUCCUACAAACUACCUCAUCCUCUCUCUCGCUGUAGCUGACCUGCUUGUUGGGCUUACAGUUUUGCCUUUUAGCGGGGUACUGGCUUUGAGCUCUUGUUGGUAUCUUGAAGAUUUACUCUGUAAGAUACGAGGCAGCUUUGAUCUCUUUCUGUGUACAUCUUCUAUUUUAAACUUGUGUUCUAUUGCUGUUGACAGAUAUUAUGCAGUGUGUCAGCCUCUGAGGUACAGAACUAAAAUAAAUGUCCGUGUAAUUGUGAUCAUGAUCCUGGUGAGCUGGACUGUUCCUGCUGUAAACGCAAUUAGCAUGACAAUUGUGGGAGUGAACAAAGGACAAUCUAACAGGUGUGUUUUAUUUCAGAAUUCAAGUUCAGCAGUUAUGGCAGUUGUUUUUGGGUUUUAUUUCCCAGCUAUUGUAAUGGUCACUAUCUACUUAAAGAUUCUGAUGGUGGCACAGAGACAGGCACGCAGCAUCCACAACACAACCUGUCAGAGCACAAAGUCUGAAAUUAAGAAGGAGAGAAAGGCCACCAAAACUCUGGCUAUUGUAAUGGGAGUUUUCCUCAUCUGUUGGACUCCUUUUACUCUUUGUGCGACUUUUAACCCUUUGAGUAAUUACACAAUACCAGCUGCUGUGAUUGCAGCCUUUAAGUGGCUUGGAUGGUCAAAUUCAAUGCUCAAUCCAUUGGUCUAUGCUUUCUUUUACAGCUGGUUUCGAUCAGCUUUUAGAAUGAUCAUUUCUGGUAAAAUAUUUCAAGGGGAUUUCACUCAUUCUAAGCUCUUUUGACUCAUUAUGUUUUGAAAUGUCAGUAAUAUCAUCAUUGAACAUUGCAUGUCAUAUAUAUAAUAUUCAUAAAAAGUGUCACUGUACUGUGCAUAAAAUAUCUGUAUAUACAGCUUAGUGCACAGAUAGCAGUAUAUAUUCAACUGCAUUAUUAUCUCAAUGUGAAUGAACUAAAAAAAAUAGUAGGAUAAAUAUAUCUUAUUGUUCGGCUUAUUUACUGUUAUUCAGUAAUAGACGCUGUAUCUGUGUGAAAUGCAGGAGUGCAUCAUUGAGUUUCUGUCCUGGUAAGAAAAGCUUUAAACUGACCUGUAACGAAUUAAUUAAUGGUGAAAUUAUCUUUCUUUUAGAUUAGUUUUCAGUUUCAUCAGUCUAAAUAUUAAAUAGAGCAGGGUCACUGUAAAGUACUGAAUGAGACUUUUUCAUUUACAGAUUCUAAGAUUUAAAUAAAUUAAAGCAGGAAACGUUAGCAACAAGUUGUACAUUUUCCACAACAUAAUGAAGAUUACAAUGAAGAAUGAUGUACAGUUUUACUGUACAAAAAUGGUUAAAAGUGUCUGAGUUUUGUCUCUGUGUAUCCUACUAAUUUAUUCAUGACAAGGAAACACACAUUUACAGAUGCAGGUUGUAGCAUUCUUUAUUGUACCGGCACUUUUUUGUGCAAAUUCUCACUUUCUCUGCUUUUACACUUUUGAAGAUGCUGUGAAUCCCAGACAAAGCAGAGAACCUGUCUGUUUUUGUUGUCCAUGAUGAUCAUGGCUAUUUACUGUGUCCCCAGCACAGACUGAUUCUGAAAAAAAAUGUAUAACUGGAUAUAAAAAGUUUUUUUUUAAAUGAGGAAAAAUGCAAAAAUUGUCUUCAUUAAAUGUUUUUCAUAUGAUUUUUUUAAACACUGUAUAUGUGUGCAUGUCUUUGACAUUUUACUUGUUAUGAAUGCAUUGACACAAAAUUCAUUCUGGUUUCUGAGAUACAGCCAAUUGAUCAUCAAACUAUAUUUAGUCUUUGGGCAUAAGGGACUGCUCUUUUUUCCUAAAAUGGUAGAAAUGUUAAACCUUAGAUCUUGUUUGUUUUUUAGGCAACGUCUUUUAUAUAUAUAUAUAUAUAUUAUGGCAUGCCCUUUUGGAAAUUAUUAAAUGAAUAUAUGGAAUGGGAGUCUGAAUAUAUUGAAUGAAACUUGGAUAUAUUAAAUGAAUGCUGAAUAUAUGGAAUAAAAGUCUGGAUAUGGAAGGACACAUGCCCCACCAGAUUUUUGAUAUCUUGAUCUUUUUAUUAUUAUUUUUUUUCAUUGCUAUUAUUUUUUUAUUUUUUAUGUAAUCAGUCAUUUUCUAUUCAGGCCCGGUUCUACAAGCGUGCAACAUACAAACACCCUGAGUUUAAUUAUUUGCACUCUUAAUGUCAAGCAAGUUGGUCUUAUAACACACAGACAGUAUAGGCUUCUCCAUGCGCACCUUCUAAUUUGGUCCAUAUACUGUAUGUUCAGCAGCGCAACCUGCCAAAAUGAAAGUUGGAUGAGGCUAUGAUAAGACCUGGUAACCAGACGUCUCCUUCAUUAAAAGCAGAAUAUCGAGUUAUAUCCAACCAGUCUGAUGUGUGUAGAGCUCUGUAUGGUUAUAUUGAAGCAGUCUACUGUUUUUUUUAGGUGAUUUAAUGAAGGUAUACUCAGCGAACAGUCGUGCGUAAAGACACUGCCCUCUUAACAUAUCCGUCCAUGCCUUCAGAUGGUGCAGUGACUUCAUGAACGGAAGGAGAAGCUUUUAUACAAUAUAAAGCAGUUGUGGACAGCAGAUACUGUAAGAAUUGUCCACAUUCAUUCAUAGAUCAGUGACUGUUUUACCGACUUUCCUGCUUUAACUACAUUAAACCUUUUGCUGCUUUCUA